AUGACGCAGGAGCCCGCUGACCCCCUCUCCGCCGCCAGCCCCUACAACUAUGAGCAGCCCCUUCCCCCCGUGGCUCGGACCAAUGCCUUCACCCAGGUCCCCCCUGCCAAGAAGAUAACAUUUUACAAGAGCGGGGACCCUCAGUUUGGAGGGGUCAAGAUGGCCAUCAACCAGCGCAGCUUCAAGAGCUUCAACGCCCUGAUGGACGACCUCUCCCACAGGGUCCCCCUGCCUUUCGGGGUGAGGACCAUCACGACGCCACGGGGGAUACACUGCAUCAGCACCCUGGACCAGCUGGAGGACGGAGGGUGUUACCUGUGCUCCGAUAAGAAAUACGUCACGCCCAUCAGCGUUGGUCCCGCUGGCCGGAGGGCAGUUCCUCAGAAGGCAGGCCGGCCGGCCAGCGCAUUGCGGAGGGCAGCCCAAGACGUCAAGCGCGAAGACCACUCGGCCGCUUACGCCCAGCAGAGUCCGCGGAUACCCAAGAAAGUCACUCUGGUUAAGAACGGGGAUGUGGCCACCAGGAGGCCGAUAAUCCUCAACCGCAGGAACGCGCGGAGCUUCAAGACUCUCUUGGACGAGAUUUCGGAGAUCAUGCAGUUCACGGUGAAGAAGCUGUACAUGUUGGAGGGGAAGAGGAUCGACAACAUGCAAGCACUGCUGCACUGCCCCAAUGUCCUCGUCUGUGUGGGGAGAGAGCCCUUCAAGCCCAUCGUGGUGGAAAACCCCAGGAAGCCCUCCUCGGAGAAGCUGCCCGGCCUGCCUUCACAGUCCAACAGCAGAGGCAACGUUGGCGAAAACCAUGAAAUGAACUUUGGACUCAAAGCCAAGAAGAGUGUGAUUCACCCGCGGUCGGCCUUGAGCAAUCGCUCUGCGAGAUUCUCUUUGUCGUCGGAAAAAUCCUAUCCAAACGGCCUCACGACAUCGCCGGAGAAUGGUGCUCCCUGCUUGAGCCACUGCCCGCAACCCAAAGCGGGCAACCUGGUUCAUUCCUUGGUCAACGAUGACAUCGAAAAGAGGGUGCAUGUGAACAAAGAUGGCAGCCUGUCCGUUGAGAUGAAAGUCCGCUUCCGCUUGCUCAACGAUGAGACGCUCCAGUGGUCCACACAUAUCAAGAAGUCCAGUCUGAGGGGCAAGGUGGCCUGUGAAGAGAUGGGCAUAGACGAAGACAAUGGAACAGACCCCACAGAGAAAGAGAACCCGGAGGCCAGCUCUGAGGUGGACGAUUCAUUAUAUCCCUGCGAUGCCGAUUCCUACAUCUCGAACCUUGACGUCUCCGAAAAUGAGGAGGCGUGUUGCCGGAGUUGCGGCAAGCCAUGCAAAGACUAUGACAUUUGGAAGAACCCCAUGCAUGCUUCUCAGAAAGAGGAGCCCUGGGUCAAGAACACCUGGUACACACACUCUUCUUGCUCCAGCACGUCGUCCCACCGUAGGGUCGUCCGCAAAAAGACGGCCUCCGUCGAGAGCAGCCAUACCUCGUCCAGCGGGGAAGAAUAUUCCAAGCAUGUCGUGCGGGAAUCCUCUUGCUACUCGGAGACUGUAGAGAACAGGGUAGAAUACCAUGCGGUCCAAAAAUGCUGUUGUCGACACGGACAGAGCAACACAAGCAAAAGGGGGUCACCCGUGGAAAUGGAUUCUGCAGCUUGCGUAGCCAGUUCCCCAAACGAGGACAAUUCCACGGCAACCGCAGAAGGAACAGAGGGCAAUGGCAGCAGGGCAGGGAGCAGCAGGUCGAAAUCGUCUUGCUGUUCUGCGGAAAGCCAGAUCAAAGUGUGCGAGGAGAGCAGCAGCGUGGUGAGAACCAUCUCCUCCCGUAGCAUCGAGGCAAGGGAAGAGGUCGAAUUGGAAGAGGCCAGCUGCCCGUCCUCUCCAAAGAGCGCCUGCAGCCAGUCCGUUCAGCGUACAACACCUGAGACAAGAGACAACCCGGAUGAGCCUCCAGAAGACGCUCAGCCAAUCUCUUCAUUCUCCAUGGAGGAAGAGGCGGACAAGGAACAAGGGGAAACCAGCGAAGUUCAUUCCGCCUUGGAAAAUGUGGCAUCCAACCAAUCGGUCAGGGAUGAUGUCAGCGAGUGUGGGGGGUGCUCCACAGAACGGUCCUUCCGUUCCAAAUCUUGCGGUGGGAAUAGCCUGAGAGGAGACAGCAACGAAACACAGGUGUGCAGCGCGGCGGCUUCCUCUUGCUCCAGGAGGAGCAAGCACAGCCACAGUCACCGAGAGGCAGGCGCCAAAGUCUCCAGGGUGUCCACCAUCAAGAGAAAGAGGACAAAAAGGUCUCUGCAUGCAGAAGAUGCACGGUCGAGCAGCAGGGCCUCUUGGUACUCCAAAAGCUCCCCAGAGAUGGAGGGAAGAGAGGGAGAAUGCCAUGCAUCUCAUGACUCAAGCUCUCCUCGUUCCAACGUGUCUUCCUUAAGCGAAGCGGCGGCACCUCCUGCCAACAACGUGGAGAGUGCAAGCAGCUCUGCUGGGCAUUGCAGCCAGUCCUUCAAGAGCAUCCAGAACGGCGGCCAGCCAGAGUCCUCCAGCAAGGAAUCAUCUCCUGGCUCCAGCUUCUCCAAUUCCAACGGGAAAAAUGGGACUGACAAAGCAUCAAGGCCGGGGAGCGUGUUCGAAUCCACGUGCUCCAAAUGCGGCUGCACGGCGGCAGCAAGAAACAAUGGCCUUGGGAGCAUCCAGUCGAUUGUGUCUUCCCAUUCAGAGAGUAAAUGCGCAGAGACAGAAGCGUCAGGGAGGAGCGAGUCCUCGAAGCCAAGGAGGAAGAAAAGCAGCCUCCAUGCCAACACGGAACGCUCUAGCCAAGCUUUGGCAUCAGAGUCUGCAUCCAUGUACAGUUUGCACUGUCCAGCUCCCCCGAAAGGGAGGCCAAGCGGCAAAAAAAGUCGGUCUGCGGUGCUGAAGAAGAAAUCUAACAAUGCCAGCGCCGCUGAGUCAGAGCCAACUGCAAGCAAAGAGGAAGAGGAAGCCGCCCAUUCGCAGCUCACUGAAAUGGAAGUGGAGAAUGGGCUGGGGGAUCCUUCUCUAGCGCUGCAUAACGAAGCAGGAUCCUGCCAAGGAGAGGCUGCGGUGGAAGGUGAUGAGGACAUCAUCCCUUCUUCUCUUCCCAACGCCUCUCCAGAAGAAGUUGUGCACGAGUGGUUGAGGAAGAUCCCCUCGGAGACUCUGCUGAUGAAAUGCGAGAUGCAGGAUGAUGGAGACGGCACAGAACUGGGUGCCGAAAUGCCCAGUUGCUCAAACAACCAGGAAUCGUUGGGAGAGGAGUCGGAAGUAAAGAAAGAAGAGGAGGAGGAGGAAGAAGAAGAAGAAGAAGUGGCAGCCGAGGAGGCAGCUGAGGAGGGGGCCGUUGAGGAGGGAGCCGGCGAGGAUCUCAGUGACGAGGCAGCUUCCAAAGUGGUGUCAGAAGAGGCUAAGGCAGGCCAAGCAGAAUGCAACCACUCUGUCAUCUCCAGCCAGAACAACCACAAAAAGGACUUGCCCAGCACCAUCCAGACCUCCGUGCAGAUCAUGAAGGCGCUGCUGGCUUCCAAGCAAGAAGCCAAGUUGGACCGUUCACACAGCUUGCCUGAAGUCUCCCCUACGAUGGGCAGAAAGCUCAGCAACUCGGCAAACAUUCUGAUCACAUGCCUGGCUAGCCUGCAGAUCCUUGACGAAGAGCUGGACCCCUCAAGCAAGUCCAGCAAAUGCCUGAACAGGCCAAGGUACAAUGAGCUCUUGAACAUUUUCCAGGCUCUCUGGUUUGGGUGCGCAUCAGAGAAAGGUGGCACGAGCUCAGGCCUCCAAGGAGAGGCCCCUGCAAAAGUGCCCUCCACUUUCAAGGGCCAUAAAGAUGGUGACUUCACACCCUUGUCCUCUUCUGGGGUGGAUGUGAGCAGUGGCGAUGGAGGCUCAGGAGAGGGGAGUGUUGCUGGUGCCCGAGACUGUGCCUUGUCGCCAGAGAAAAUGAAUGGAGCCAAACCCACCAAAGAAGAGGCGAAAGAGGAGGCAGAACAAGAGGGAGGCUGCAGUGAGGAAGAGGAAGAGGAGCAUACCCAGCCUUGCUUAAAAUCUGAAGGAGAAGAAAAGGUAGCCUCUACUGGAGGAGAGAAGGUGACAGAAACCAAGGAGAACCAAGGCAGUGACGUUGGCGAGGAGGAGGAGGAAGAUAAAGAAGUUGUUGGAGAAGAAGAAAUGGAAGGUGUAGAGGUGGAGCAGGCAGAAGCUGAUGAUGCUGAUGUAGACCCUGUUGAGCAGACCCAAGAGGACCCCGCUAUCAAGGAAGUAGAAGAGAGUCCCAGUCAAGAGAACGCUGAUGAAGCUGAUGAAGAGCCAAGCGACGAUCAAGAGAAUGUUGAAGUUGCUGAAGAGCCAAGCGACGAUCAAGAGAACGUUGAAGUGGCUGAAGAGCCAAGCGAUGAUCAAGAGAACGUUGAAGUGGCUGAAGAGCCAAGCGUUGAUCAAGAGAACGUUGAAGUGGCUGAAGAGCCAAGCGACGAUCAAGAGAACGUUGAAGUGGCUGAAGAGCCAAGCGACGAUCAAGAGAACGUUGAAGUGGCUGAAGAGCCAAGCAACGAUCAAGAGAACGUUGAAGUGGCUGCAGAGCCAAGCGAUGAUCAAGAGAACGUUGAAGUGGCUGAAGAGCCAAGCGAUGAUCAAGAGAACGUUGAAGUGGCUGAAGAGCCAAGCGUUGAUCAAGAGAACGUUGAAGUGGCUGAAGAGCCAAGCGACGAUCAAGAGAACGUUGAAGUGGCUGAAGAGCCAAGCGACGAUCAAGAGAACGUUGAAGUGGCUGAAGAGCCAAGCAACGAUCAAGAGAACGUUGAAGUGGCUGCAGAGCCAAGCGAUGAUCAAGAGAACGUUGAAGUGGCUGAAGAGCCAAGCGACGAUCAAGAGAAUGUUGAAGUGGCUGAAGAGCCAAGCGACGAUCAAGAGAAUGUUGAAGUUGCUGAAGAGCCAAGCGACGGUCAAGAGAACGUUGAAGUGGUUGAAGAGCUAUGCGACGAUCAAGAGAAUGGUGAUGAAAAGGCUGAAGAGCCAAGCAAUAAUCAAGAGAAUGCUGAAGAGCCAAGCAACAGUCAAGCUGAACCCGACCCAAACACAAAUAAGAGCGAACCCCAAGUGAGUGUCGAAAAUCAGCUGGUGGAUGAGUCAGAAGCUGACAUAGUUUCUCGCCAACCCGCAGCAAAAGCUUCCCUCAUCACCCCACAGAAAUCUCUCGACCCCGACCCGGUUUGGGUGCUAAAGCUUUUGAAGAAGAUCGAGAAGGAAUUCAUGGCCCACUAUGUCAGCGCCAUGAAUGAUUUCAAGGUGAAGUGGAACUUGCCCAAUAGUGAGGAGUUGGACUUGAUGAUUGCACAGCUGAAAGAGGAAGUGAGCCGGAGGAUCCAAAAGAGCAUCGAGAAAGAGUUAGGGAAAAUCAGGAGCAGGGCGGGCAGGAGGGUUCCGAGGCCUCCGGAUGAGCAGCUGCGUCGUGAUUCUUCCAUCCUGCAAGUGGAAAACCGAAGGCGCCGUUUGCAGAGCAUUCACAAAAUGUCCCUCUACAAUGACCGCAGCAAGCCACGCGAGACAAGGGAAUUAGAUGAGGAAUUAGAUUUUUUCAGUACGACCAUUAGAGACGACAUCAGUGACCCCCCCGGGGAAGAGGAGUACUGCCCUUGCGAUGCCUGCUUCCAGAAGAAGAUGGAGGCCAAAGCCCUGCGGCCUCGAGGGCCGGUGGUGGCAGCCAAUGCCCCCAUUGUGAAGGCCUUUGACCUACAGCAAAUCCUGAGGAUGCAGAGAGGCAAGGCAGAAGAGGACAUCGCAGAAGAGGAAGCAGAAGGGGAGGCCAUUGAAGCUGAGGCAGAGCGGGAAAUGUUGGCUGAUGAGGAAGAAGUAGAGCAGCAGGAAGUGACCGAAGGUGAAGCAGCAGAAGCCCCAGCAGAUGGGGAGGAAGAAGCAUCAGAAAAUCAGAACUGUGAGGAAGCCGAGGGGGAGGAAACUGUGAACGAAGAAGUAGAUGGGGAAGCACAAGGGGAAGUCUCUGAUGCACCAGCAGAAGCGGAGGAACAGCCUCCGGCAGAAGGUGCAGAGGAGGAUGAGGAUGAUGCCAAGCCAGAGGCAGGGUGCGAAACGGCAGAAGUGGAAGAAGCAGGAGGAAAUGAAGCAGAGGCGAACGGCGAGGAAGCAGAGGCAGACGAGGGCAACGAACCUGUGCAGGACGGUGGCAGUGAAGACCCCAGAGAAACGGAAGAAGGAGCCGCCGAAGGCGCAGAGACGCAGAGAAAAAGUUCCGCCUUCUCCUCUAUGGGGAAUUGUUCCCAGCAAUCCCAGAAAGGGUCUGAGGAGGGGAAUGGAGAAGAAGAAGAAGACUGUAAAGAACUGGAGGGCGAUGCUGGUGGCGGUGGUGAGGAUGGAGAGGCAGAAGGCGACACAGAGACCAAACCUACAAAGAUGUACCCAGAUAGUGAAGAGGAGGAGGAGGAGGAGGAGGAAGAGGGAGAAGAAGAUGACCGAGCAUCCCCUGAGGCAAAGAAGAAACCCCAAACUGGCAAGAGCAAAGGUGGAAGCGGCCCAGUCCCUAAAAAGGAGGCGAGCUCAGAGGCGAUUGAUCAAGAUGACCUGGACUUUUAG